UUCUCCACAAGCUCUUAAUAUCAUAAUCCAACUUCCUUUUAUUUUCUAUACCAAAAGCAUUGCACCUUAACUUCUCCUUCAUGGCCUUCCAACUUGGAGCAAGAGUUAAUGGAAUCACCCCAAACAGUUUGGAGAUUGAUAUUCCUAUGCAUGCAAAUAGAACUCUCAAAACUGAUAAAGAAAGCAACAACAUUGAUUACUUUCAAAGAGCACAGUGGCUUAGAGCAGCCAUGUUAGGAGCCAAUGAUGGACUAAUCACUGUUGCCUCAUUGAUGAUUGGUGUUGGAGCUAUAAAAGAAGACAUCAGUGUGAUGCUUCUUGCAGGUUUUGCUGGUUUGGUAGCUGGUGCUUGUAGCAUGGCGAUCGGUGAGUUUGUGUCUGUGUAUACACAAUAUGACAUAGAGGUAGCUCAGAUAAAAAGAGAAAGAGAAGCUAAUGAUAAUAAUAAUGGAGUAGUUGAUGAUGAAAGUACUGAAAGGGAGAAAUUGCCGAAUCCAUUUCAGGCAGCCUUGGCAUCAGCACUGGCAUUUUCUGUUGGUGCUGUUAUGCCAUUGCUAGCAGCUGCAUUUAUAAAGGAUCAUAAGGUUAGGAUGGGUGUUGUUGCUGCUGUUGUUAGCAUGGCACUGUUAGUGUUUGGAGGAGUUGGAGCAUUGGUUGGAAAAACACCAGUGAUGAGGUCUUGUGUUAGGGUUCUUAUUGGUGGUUGGAUGGCUAUGGCCAUUACUUUUGGUUUCACCAAACUCAUUGGCACUACUGGACUUUGACUUUAACUAGUAAAUGUUUUCAAUUUUCUAUUGUUCUUAAUUAGUACUAUUUAUAUGUCUGAACAUGCAUUGAAUAUUAAUCAAAGUAUGAUCAUCAUUAGUAUUGUUUAAAUAUCAACAAUAAGGCCAAUUGUUAACUAUAAAUAU